AUGGAAGGGAAAGCGCUUCGAGUACAGCUCGAACGAAGAGUCGACUCGUGUUGGUCGUGGGUAGUGUGUUUUUCAUCUUUCAUCGUUCAGUUUUUAAUUCUUGGAACUCACAAUUCAUUCGGUUCAUUCUUUGUGGCAUUGUUGGAGGAAUUUCAGCGGAGUGAAGCCGAGACUGGUAAGGAAAAUUUAUAUUUUUUGCCGCAAACAAAGCUCGCGCGCAAAUAAAAAAUUUAUCACCGUGACAGGUUAUUUUAAAAGAAAAACUCUGGCAAUUUUUCAUAGCAACGCAGCUUACACCUCUUCUUUUACAAUGAUGAACAUUUUCCUUCAGCGCAGCGUGGUUAGAAAAAUCAAAGCGCUUGACAUUUCAAAGCCGCUAUCCGCGCGAUGGAAAAAAUUUUUUUCUCGAGUGCUCUAUGUUAUAUAACACCGCAUCUGGUUGAUAUAUGCAGGAAAAUGGAAAAUGGGUGGUCUGUAAACAACUCUUAUGAAUAGGGCAGGCAUAGAGAUAACUUCAUUAGUAAAUGUAGAAAACCUUCAGAAAUUCUGCGUCAUCGAUUUUUUUUUACCUCCGGCACAGUAGAUCUACCGGCGUCUAACGGGAAGUUUUCUGUCGCAUAAACCGGUGAUGAUCUAAGUCUUAACUUGUUUCGCGGCUGAGUAACGCACAAAGGAAAAACCCUAAGUCAUGUGACCGCACCCUCAGGGCGAAAGCGGAAAAGAGUUCAGAAGGCUGAUCCUUUCGCUUUCAAGCGCUGCCGAGUCACCACUAAAAUUUGUCAUUUUUAAUUUCGUUCUUAGGCAUUUUUUUUCACUCCUCCUCGUGUUUUUGUUGACUACGCAAUUCGCGUAAUCAGUUUCAAUAAUAUUGUCUUCUAUGAACUCCUUGUGGCUGCUCACUCACUCGCACAUAUUUGGAUCAAUUUACAGCUUCUGUAAAUAUCAUGACAUUUACACACAAAACGGUUCGAACUUCGAUUAAAAUAGUGACGCCUCAUAACAUCAUUAUCAUAGCUUACUAGACAAACGAAAAGUUAGUCGAUGCUGGCGCUGCGAUAUUGUUGUUAGUUCGCCGUUCUCUUGAGCACCUGAUUUCUCGUGAGAUUUCGAGAAAUAAAACCGGAUUUCCUUGAUCAGGCCAUGACUAUUCAGAUUGCAUGACACCGGAAAUUGUUGAAACUCCACGUGAAACAUGAAAAACGUCUCGAGGUAUCUCCGAAAUUAAACGAGAGGAAAUGGCAUCGAUUUCUGUAGAGAAUAUGAUUGGAGCUUUAAAAUAUAGGCAAACUUUUGCUUGCUUCGUGUGAGUCCCUUUUUUGUGGAAGUCGGCCAGCGGGAACAUGGUAAGCCUAACAUGACAACGACUUGCUAAACAGGGUUUUCCCGGAGAUAAAUAAUUAUAGAGUAUAGCUAAUCUGCAUCAUAAUGAUGCGUCGUCUCGGACGUUGAAGCUGCAAAUCUCCUCGCAUAAUAAAAUUGUUUCGUUUUCUUUUCUGAUAGAACAAAACAGCUGAUAAUGAAAUUUAAAAAAAUUUAUAAUCACAAGUUAAGCUCUCAUAAGCAAUCUCCUCAUAGUACUGAGUUUCCGCAGGAGCCCAUUACUCUGGUUUCCGUGAGAGGUUUGGAAAGAAAACAGUUGAAUUGUUUACAAGGUAUUCCAAGCAAACUCUAGCAGCUGUGUACACCCCGCUGGUCUUGAGUCCAUAACAAAUUUUAUCAUAGAGGGUAGUUCAAACUAAAGAGUUUUAUUGGCAAUGUAUCCCACGAGUAUAUCAAAACAACUUUUCAGGAGAAUACUAAAAACGAGAAGCAAAUAUCAGACUCCAAUUUGCGUUCUUUUAAUUUAAUCCUCUUUCUUUAAGCUCAGUUGAUGCACGCAAUGGUGUCAAGUGAGGUAUCGAAUAUUUCGUUUCCUAACUCUCUUGCUGGGAUUAUUUAGAGUUCAUUUUUUUCCUCAACGAAAUUUUCAAGAUUGUUUCUGGGCGAUCGAUCGGAGCUACAAGCAAACAGGCGUAUUAUCAUAUUUAAGGAAUUCCUUUCAUCCUCCAGUAUCUCAAAUAUAAACAACUAUUGUAUUGAAAGAAAAUUAAGAUCGAUUUGAAUUCGUGGAAUGCAUUUCUUGUCUACAAACAAUCACGAAUAACAUGAAAUUGCGUCAAAAAAUGCAUUCAGACAAAUUUUAGGCUGCAGUGCAUUUUAUCCGACAUUUCACUUUACAACUUGUUGCCGAAACGUACACAGAUCAGAUGGGUUCGGAUGCCUUUCAUUAUUUCCGAGUGAUGUCGUUUAGAUUCAUUCGGAACAGCUUCGGUUGCUCGGACAUAUCAGUUUAUUUAGAUCCAUCAUUAAGAAAAUGUUCGAUUCUAUUCAAAACCGAAGUUUUUUUUGCCAUUUACGAUAGGUUCAGCAAUAUUUUCCUUGAAUAUUUUACAUAAUGGUUGUUGGUUAUUCUGCUAAAAGCUGUGUUUCGUUUAAAAUAUUUUAAAAUUUAUUUUUUGUGAUUAUUUUCAAUAGCAUGGAUUGGCUCGUUGGCUAUGGGUAUCACAUACAUGGCAGCACCGAUUGCUACCAGCCUUUGCGACCGCUGGGGAUGCCGGGUGGUUAUGUGUCUUGGCAGUGUGACUUACAUGGCAGCGAUGCUUCUGACGUCAGUCGUGCAGCACAUGUCACUCAUGUACAUUACAUACGGUGUUUUGUUUGGUUUCGCAUCCAGUUGUUGUUACUUCUCAUCAUUUUACAUCCUUAUUGUGUAUUUUAACAAGCACCUCGCUCUCGCCAAUGGUAUCGCCGCCGCAGGCGCUGGGGCGGGAACAAUGUCCUUGAGCCUGACCGUGGACAAGUUGAUCGCCUCGUAUGGACUUAGAAUGACUUUUAAAGGAUUGGCAGCAUUGUCCGUCUGUCUUUUCUUAGCUGGACUAACUUUCCUUCCUAUUGACUUCAGAGAAGGAGAAGACGAGCUUUUGAAAAAGGAAGCACUCUUGAAAGAACAAGAAGAGAUAAGAAUAAAAGACCGAUUGGUCAAAAAUAUCAAAGAACUGUUCAAGCCUGCUCCAGUGUGGGGAAAUAAGCCAUUUGUCGCAUGGACCGUGGCCUUAGCUAUGGUUCUUAUUGCCUACUACAUUCCCUAUAUGUACCUGGUAAGUUCUUAUAUACAACAGAAUGUCUUUUAGGUUUGACGGAUGGCCAAGGGGAUCUAAAGCCGUACUUUACUCUUUGUUUCCCACUCCCUUUCCUUGCACUAGAAUUACAUUGAAGAACAAUGCAGCAGGGAACCUAUUUCUUCUUACGAAGACCAAGACUCGGAAGCGAACCGAGUGGAAUCUGGGUUCUAGGCUUACGAAGCUCAUCCAUUGCUGCACCUAUUCGCUUUCUAAAGUGCCCUGAAAUCCACCGAUACAUGAGCUAUUUCUUCAUAUAAUCAUCCCUAUUCAUCCCUAUUUAAUAUGUGUUGGAUUUUUCUUUAUAGGUUCGUCUUGCAGAGAGUGUAGGCAUACCGUCAACUCAGGGGGCCCUUCUGGUUGGUUAUUUUGCCUUGGCCCAAACAGUCGGCAAGAUCUUCUUUGGGAAGCUUGGGGACUCAUCUCGGGUCAGCCGUUUGACCCUUACGCAAAUAGCUCUUUUGGUCAUCGCUGUGGCAGCAUGUCUGUGCCCCUUGGCCCAGUCCCACUCAGCCCUUCUCACUUACUCCUUGGUGUCGGGGCUCUUUGAUGGGUGCCUUUGUGUAAUGAUCGGUCUUGUCACCCAUGACAUAGUGGGCCGUCAGAUGAUGGCAAAAGCCGUUGGGACUUUAUAUGGUAUCGUGGCGAUUCCUAUGACAGUGGGACCUCCUAUGGCAGGUAGAUAUCAGGUUUUUUUUAACCUCACUGACAGUUAUUUUCUUUCACGUCACGUAACACAGUACAUUGUAUUACUUUGUGUUGUUUAAUGUUCGUGACCAUUGGUUGUGAUUGUUUUUAGCCGAAAAUUCAAAAUCCAUUCCUGGACUUCAUUGUGUGUUUAAGUGUCGUUGUUUCUUCUCGUCACUUGCGCCUACAUAUUGCUCAUUUAAUCCAAUUUUUCCCUUGCAACGUGCUAUUAAAACCCAAAAUUUCCCCUUUAUUGUUCCCAGGUUUUGCUCGGAGAGCAGGGAAUUCCCGAGUUGAACAGAGAUAUGCCAUGUGGUAUUUCUACUUUUCUCAGCCAACCACGAACCUGCCAGUAUCAGAUUGGAUAGUUGUGGUUCACAAAGUCCUCGGAUGUCACCAGUUUGCUUCAUUCCUAUUUUUAUCUUGCAGGUCUUCUUUUUGACAGCACCGGCAGCUACAACAUUGUCUUCUUCCUUUCUAGCGGUCUCGUGAUUGGCGGAAGCUGCGUCAUGUUUCUCAUCCCAAUUCUGCUUCGCUCCAAGCCAAGCCCGCUUAAAGUCAUUACUCCUGAGAUCAUCGUGUCAAUGCCAGAUAAGCUCCAAGACGACGAUGAAAUUAGUCUCCUCGAGGGCGAUACAGCCAAACUAAGAACUUCCCAUAUGUCCUUUAGAAGCCUCGCUGACGAAUUAGGGAUCUACAGGAGUCGCCUGUUAUUGGACAGGACGCCAAAUCUGAGCUCUCGUCCAAGCAGUUUUGUGCUAUUUUCGAUCGUGCCGGAGGGAAGUUUCAGAGAUUUGUCUCAGUUAAAUGAACGAUAUUCCAACAGUAGAGGGGCAAGCUACACCUCCUUAGUAAGACUUUCAGAAAUAAAAGUCGACAGCAGAGUCAACAGUUGCGCUCGGUUAGAACCCGUCGCCGAAGCCGAGGCUUGGGAUUCAGGUUUGCCUUCCGAGCAUCUUGACGUCAUAAAACCACCAACAGCUGUACCUGAACUGUUCGUUACUGUAUCACGGUCAUGUGACUGUAUUAACGAACCUGCUAGCCAUGUCAUGACUAUAGAUUUAAAUAAAGACAGUGCGUCGGUCGAAAUUGUCUCCAAAUCCACGGAGAGUGGCUUUGCUUCUGAAGAAUCUGUUGUAAGCGCUUGUGACAAUAGUAUCGAGCUUAUUUCUUCCAGUUCAGAUUUGGAUGGGAAACGCUUAAGUGGUUACUCGUGGAAUUCAACGGGAAGUAGCCUGUCGUGUAAGACUCAGUGUUCCGAGGCUGGCACCGAGGACAGUGGGUACGGCGACGACUUGACGCAAGCGCACUGUGUUACGGAAGGUAGCUCGGAAAUAGAUGAUCAUAUGAAACCAUCCAUGUGCACUUUCGUCUCUCAAGAUAGCUUGCAAUCCGACUUAAGACAAGAUAAUGGCUACUGCAGCUGUGAUUCUUCGCUAGAUGUGCAGAAGAGCUACACUGAGGUCACUGGCACUGAUGACGAAGCGAUGGCUGGGCACGCCCGGAAAGGGCUCCUUAUUGAAGACGCGUGCCAUUCAAACUUCAACACAGGGGAACAGACGAGGAUGGUUAUGGAACUGUCUAAUUGUACAUGUGGAGAAGAAGAAGACGACUCCGUCAACAAGCUCAUUUCAGACGCCCAAGAAAUAAUUGAACUUAAAAAGCCUUAUAUAUCAGUGUUACCUCAGCCACCAGACAUCUACAGUGAGUUGUUCGAGGGAAUACUGGAAGAGGUGAAUGAGUACGUGGAGAAUUUCUCGGAAUUGUCCGUUUGCCAGGGCACGAUGAAGACAUUGCCGAAAGUAAGCAUGAAAGAUAUAAUAUCUUGCGAGCAGGAAACAGUUGUUUGAAUUAUGAACGAAUGGAGAAGAGGCUACUGAAUAAGAGCGGGAGCGCUGGGAAUAGACUCGGCGUCAGGCUAUCAGGUCAAAUUACUGAUUUAGAGAAAGAGAGAGUAUUCCAGAACAUUACUCUCAUAAGUCAUUUAGGAGCUAACUGAAAGCCACAUCAUAAUUAGCUAUCCCCGUGCUAAAACGUUGUUUUGGUUAAUGUUACAGUGGAAUGCAUCAGAAGAUGCAUUCCAUUGUUUAUUUGUUAAAGAGCACCUGUUACCAGUUUAGUAGCAAGCGGAGGAUCUUUUGUCGUCAUUGCCUGCUUAACGUAGUAAUUCAGACAGAGCGACCUCUGUGGAAAAUGUGGCGUAAUGCUAUUGGAAAAAAGCCUUAAUCAGAAAAAAAUGAAUCGCAAGAAAGCUUUCAAAAGAAUUCCAGUGUAUGCGGGUGGUAGAGCUACUGAUCUUUCCACUGUAAACAUUUACUAGAAAGCCUCAGUGGAUCGAAGAUGUCAUUUAGUUGACGCAGGAGGGAAUAAUCAAAGGAUAAAUACCGUCUGUAAUCGAGAAUCCGAUUGAUAUAAGUUUCAAUCACCUUGUGACAACUGUUACCCCACCCCCCUUUCCCUCACCAGCACCUGUUUGCUUUAUGCUACAAAAUGGUAUUUCAAAAUGUAAUCAGCUCUUAGAAUAGCUCGGAUAUAAUUCCCUAGUAUCAGAAGAUAUUUUUUGCCUUACUGAACUAAUAUAAGAGGCUGAAAUUCUUAUUUAUAGAAUGCUUACAUGACAGGGGUGAUACGUUCCCCUCUUGUCACUAACCUCGAUUCCAGGAUCUCUAUUCUUUGUUGAUUAAUGGAAGUGUUAGAGAGAAAGGAAACGGAAAUUCCAGGAAAGGCCUAAAAUUGAGGCUAUUACCGGUCACUUUUUUCUGUUGUUUCAAAGAUAGACGCAAUAACAUGGAUAAUGAAAGCAAAGCCUGUGCAGAUUCCCUCAGAAUGUUGUCGCCAUUUUGAGUGUACCAAAAAAAAAGAAAAAAACUUCUUUUUUUCUUAUUUCGUAAUAUUUGGGGUUGGAUUAAAACUAAAAUAUAUUUUAAUGAUGAAAUAUGAAGUAAAUAUACUUGAGAGCUUUUUAUUUUGUCAAUCAAGAAAAAUCAUAUAUAUAUAUAUAGAUAAUAAAGUUGUUCUAUUCAUUAGUUAGAAGCUUCAAUUUCUAUGGUUAUCAGGGUAUAGUUGACGAAAACAGAAAUGUCGGUAUAUUUAUUACUUCAUAGGUAACUCUGAGUUUGAAACAAAUCUAAACUCUACAUCCAAAUGUCAGCUCCUUCAAAGCUCUAUUUAAAAAAGUGAGAGUGGCUGUAAUAAUUAUUUAAUAGCAGUCAUGCAAAAUGUAUUUAAUAGGUUUUGGGACCCAUUUACUGAAAAUAUGUAAUUAACAAGCAUUUGUAAAGUGAGUGACUAGUAAUAAUGAAACUCUUCCGUGAAGAUUUCAGUCCAAAAUUAGCUAGAAAUUAUAAUGAUUGUUCUGCCGUAAUAAUUGUGUGUUUGCAUUACUCUCGGAUAUUUGUUUUUGCCUGUUUUGCUAGAUCUCUUUUUUAAACAGUGUAAAAUGUAUUGUGCUGGAUGGUUGUUUGGGAAACCAAUUAAAAUAACAUUAUUUUUC